ACGUUGCAUAAGAGAGGAAAAAAACCUCCGGAACUCAAGAGAGCUGAACGAACUAGCUUAGCGAGCCAACGUUAACUGGUAGACCGUUUUUACGGUCAGGCAGCCGGGUAUGGAUGAGAGAGCUUUGAAGGUGGUCCGUCUGCGUUAAUGAUUGGUGGAACACAAGCAACUGACACCUCCUGUAUCCGGCACCAUUUAUGAAAGCCGACGUUUGCAUCAAGCGGACAUUUAAGGUUAGCGUUAGGCCAAUACUUAAGCUAACAGCAGCUAGUGGGAACGUUAGGUAGCUCAACCCCGGUACUCCAGGAGUCACUCCGAUGUGCUUCGGGACCAAUACAAGACAUGGCCAGUAAUUCUGUGGCAGGCUAUACCUGCCAUGCUAACGGAGAAAGCACACUAGGACGAGGGUCCAGUUCUGGCCGCUCAUGUCGCCACCGGUCCGAGUCCGAGUCCGAUGUUGGCCAGACAGACAAGAGCUUAGCACGGCUGUGCAGCAGGGACGAAGAGGAGCGAGCAGCGGCUCUGGAGGAGCUCAGCCGAGGAGUUCUGGUGUGUUUAGAACUGGACCGACCCGGUUCGGCACAGCUGAGUAAACAAACACUCCUACAUCUGCUUCGGCUGUCCCGGUCGUGUCCACUGCAGGAGGUUCGGGUGAGAGCAACCGAGCUGCUGCGAACCGCAAAGGAACAAGGAGUUGAAGUACCUCGGGCUGUGGCCUCAGGUCCAAGCUCCUUUAUUCCUGCAAAAGAGAUACUGAAACAAGGGCUGGACCAGGACAUCCUUAUCGAGUCUUUUCUUUCAUUGGGUCGCGUGGACCACAUCACCAUGGUAAUGGCGUUGCACCCUGCCUACCUCAGCUGCUUCCUGAGGACCCAGCAUGCUUUGUUAGAGAUGGACGGCCCCUUGCCCCGUCCCUGGAGACAUUACAUUGCUGUUAUGGCUGCAGCUCGACACCAUUGCUCAUACCAGGUGCAGCAGCACAGCGCAGGCUUUCUAGAGGCUGGAGGGGAGGAGAGCUGGCUGAGCGGCCUCGAGCACGCUCCCACCAAGCUCCGCAGCCUCCAAACACUCAACAAGCUGCUGGCACACAGACCCUGGCUCAUCACACAGCAGCACAUACAGGAGCUGGUGUGUCCCGGAGCAGAGCCUCGCUGGUCAUUCGCUGAACUCAUCCAUGCUGUGGUGCUGAUGGCUCAUGCUCACUCACUCUGUUCUUUUGUGUGGGGCUGCAGCUUAAACCCUGAACCCGACCACAUUGGAGGUUACACUUUCCAACUCCCAUCACCCAGUCACCUUCCACGUUGCCCUCAUAGCCCUGCUCAUGAGGACGGCAGGCAAGAGUUAGUUGACGGGGUGAUGGAGGUGGAGGUGUUGAUGCAGAAGAUGGUGGAGCUGCAGCAGCAGCAGGAGGAGGAGUGCACACAAGAGGAAAUGGUUACUCGCUUUGAGAGGGAGAGGAGCGAGAGCAUUCCAACCGCGGUGGUGCGGGGAGCACCACCCGACCUGGUGCUGCGUCUGGUGGAAGAGCCAGAGUUCAGAUAUGAGGACUUUGCCCCCAAAGGAGAGCAGUCACCACCCACCAUGAGAGCCCAGGACUAUUCAUGGGAGGACCAUGGCUUCUCUCUGGUCAACAGACUACUGCCUGACAUGGGCCAACUCCUGGAUGAAAAAUUUCAGGUCGUAAGCAACUUGACGUACAACAGGAUGGCCAUGCAUGAAGGUGUGGACACUCACACUCUGAGAAAAGCUCUGUGGAACUACAUCCACUGUCUGUACGGGAUACGCUACGAUGAUUACGACUACGGCAGUGUGAAUGUGCUGUUAGAGCGCUCUUUGAAGGUGUUUGUUAAAACUAUGGCAUGUCACCCCGAGCAGACCACAGCACGUAUCUACCACGCCUUCUGGAGACACUUCAGACACUCAGAAAAGGUUCAUGCAAACCUAAUAGUGAUGGAAGCCCGGCUACAAGCAGCCCUUCUUUAUACCUUACGAGCCAUCACACACUACAUGAGAUGACACACUCUCUCACACACGUUUUUUUGCAGAUGCGAUGCCAGCUGUGACCACACACACACACACACACAAACACACACACACACACACACACACACACACACACACACACUACAGUGAAUGUUUCUAUAUGCAUAUCUUAUGUUUCAGUGUUAAUGUUUUGAUGCUGCUUUGCAACUGGGAUGUCUAAUAUUUAAAGUUGACUUAUUUUGCACUGAAGUUUAUCAGGUUUCUGUCACACACCGACAUAUCUACAUGCUACAUGCCAGGAAUGGAAUUGGGUCUGGUAUAACAAAAUCAUCAUCAUCAUGUGAUUAGUGUUUAUUUUACAUUUCUGUUAAGGCUAACUACCUGUCACCCACAGACAACUGCUGUUCACCACAUCAUGACUACUCAGGCCUCAGGCUCUGACUGCAGCACACAGAGGCUGAGAUCUUUAAAAAAAAUAACUUGUAUUUUUGUAUACAAUUAAAACGUUACUUUAUCAAAAUUAAAA